CUCGGCACUCAUGACCCGAUCUAUCGUCUCCCGCCAUGGACAUUGACGAUAUUCUGCGAGAGGUCGAUCCCGCGUCUCACGGCAUCCCGCUGGAGACGCGGGACUUGCAGGCCCUGACGCGCCUUUGGGUUGCUGAGAGAUCGGCACCUGAGCUGCUCAAUUGGCCUAGAGAUGGCUUGUUUGAGCGAGUCAACUCCAAGAUCAAAUCUCAGAUUGAACGCAUCGAGGACAUGACGGGCGACAUGGAUCCCAAGACCAACUUUGCCCUCAUCGUCAUCCAGACCGAGCUCGAACGCUACAAGUUUCUCGUACGGAGCUACCUAAGAACGAGAAUAGCCAAGAUCGACAAGCACACCCUCCACUACCUCUCAACAGAAGAUUUCAGACAGCGCCUCUCCCCCACCGAGCUGGCCUACGCGACGAGGCACCAAGCCCUCCUGCACAACCACUACCUCUCCUCCUUCCUCUCGUCCUUCCCCCAGCGCCUGCAGAACCUCAACGACACCGCCGGCAACGUCAGCAUGAUUGACAGCCCGGACCUGGACACGGCCGUCUUCGUGCGGCUGCUUCGCGACAAGGACGUCUUUGGCAGGGGCACCGACGUGGACACGAUUCUUCCGGCGGCGAAUGGGGACGUGCUCAUCAUGAGGUGGUCGAGCGCGAAGGGGCUUGUUGAGGAUGGCGAUGCGGAGCUUGUUUAGGGGGCGUCUCAUGGGAUUCUAUGGGGGAAUGUGUCAAAGAGGAUCAAUGGCAAUGGAUGAGCUGGGCACGAGAGAUCUGAUACCAAUCACAAAAAUAUACGAAUCAUGGCAUCAAAUUGAAUAAAACAAGCAAUCCGCUCAAAUAUCCUCUAUUCACGAUAAAGAAAAGCUCCAUCUAACUCCUAAUCUCCCACAGCCUAAUCUUGCCCGUAUCAUUACCCACCGCCAACAAACUGCUGUCCUUGCCAAACGCCACCGCCGU